CUUUACACAUUGCAGGCCACCACUGACCACCAGUCCACGACCAUCCUCUAGCGUAUAAAUACGUCUCCAUGGCAGCUCAAGCUCAUCAUCAGCGAUUUUUGUAGCCCAUUUUCCUCUCAUAAUAUUGCUCCAUGGUGUCUGUAUUCUAGUUCUAGUUAGCAAUUUUAAUUAAUUAAUUUGACGUGGUGUUGGGUGGGUGAUGGAUAAGGUAAGGACACUAACUUCAGAGAAGCCAGUGGUGAUCUUCAGUAAGAGCUCUUACUGCAUCUGUCAUUCCAUCAGGACUCUCUUCAGUGACUAUGGCGCCAGCCCCACUGUUUAUGAGCUCGAUCAUCUGGGUGAUGCCGAGGGAAGGGAAAUUGAGAGAGCUCUCCUGCAGCUGGGAUGUAAGCCAUCGGUACCGGCGGUGUUCAUCGGCGGCAAGCUGAUUGGUGGAGCCAAGGACGUCAUGACCCGCAAACUGGACGGCUCUCUGAAAGAACUACUCAUACAUGCUGGAUUUAUUUUUCUUUGAAGGACUCAUAAUUAAGUACCAUCACUACUUGCGUACAGAUUUCCUUUUUUUUUUUUCUUUUUUGGCUCUAAAUAAAGCAAUUUACAUGUUGUUUGGGAAUGGCUUUUUUAGUCAAGUCCUUUACAUGUAACUACUCAUACUUACAUGUUCAUGUCAAUAAAUCUCAGACAGAAAGACCUUUUAAUUC